UCGAUUUGUUGCAGGAAACACGGCGAGCUUCAAACCAGACUGGAAUACAAACAUAAAACUGUCAUUGAUAGUUGGAGGAAACAUAGCUAGCAAAUUUAUUUUCCAUACAUAUUCAUUGAAUAUUUAGGCGAACAUACUUGAAAACAACAGCUUUUGCAAGCAGGAAUAAUAAUGUCCAUCGUGACAGUGCAACUUGGACAAUGUGGCAACCAGGUAGGCCAAGAGUUGUUCGAGGUGAUCAGCAAUGAUGCAAAUGAUACGCAAAGAAAGGUUUACAGUGAAUGCAGCAGUGAGCGUUUCUUCAAUGAGACUGCAAAUAGAGAACUCGUGGCAAGGUCAGUGCUGAUUGACAUGGAACCCAAAGUCAUCUCACAGAGUAUUGCAAAGACUGCCAAAUCUGGGAAGUGGAGAUAUGGGGACCGUUCACACUUCAGUCAGAAACAGGGUUCUGGAAACAACUGGGCAAAUGGAUACUGUGUCCAUGGACCACGUCAUGAGGAGGUAGUGAUGGACAUCGUGAGGAGGGAGGUGGAGCAUUGUGACUGUCUGGCAGGAAUCGUGGCCAUGAUGAGUGUGGCAGGGGGCACAGGGUCAGGGGUGGGCACAUACGUUACUCAGUGUCUCCGGGACGCCUACCCAAACUCCUUCAUUCUCAACCACCUGACAUGGCCCUAUGGCACUGGAGAGGUGAUAGUCCAGAACUACAACUCUGUGCUCACACUGUCACACCUCUACCAGCUCUCAGAUGCCAUCCUGGUUCAUGAAAAUGACACGGUUCACAAGAUCUGUGCUCAGCUCAUGAAUAUCAAACACAUAUCAUUCAGUGACGUCAACAAAGUCAUCGCCCACCAGCUAGGGAGUGUUCUGCAGCCUGCACUCACUGGUGACUCCCAUGGUAUCUACAAUAGAAACCCCAUAGGUGAACUGAUGAGCAGCCUGGUGUGUCACCCAGAGUACAAGCUUCUCAGCGUGUGCAACAUUCCCCAGGUGUCCAGCUCCUCUAUGGCUUACAGCAUGUUCACCUGGCCGGGCCUGCUCAAACAUCUACGUCAGAUGCUCAUUGCCAACUCCAAAAUGGAGGAAGGCAUCGACUGGCAGGUGCGAGCCCCCUCUCUCCAGCCUGAAGGGAUAGAGAGGACUGGGAGUCACAGACGACCAGGCUUCAACACCUCCCUGGCCAACCUGCUCAUACUGCGGGGGAAGGAUGUGAACAAUGCAGAGAUAAGUGGAUUUCAGCAUCCGAGUCUAUAUACCCCCUGGCUUCCAGCAGAUGAGGCUUUCAGCAUGUGGAAAACCCCAGUCCCGUUUAACAAGUAUGAGAAGUCUGCUAUACUGGUCAGCAACAGUCAGACUCUGUUGAGGCCUCUGGACAACAUGGUGGGGAAAGCCUGGAACAUGUUUGCCUCCAGGGCCUACAUUCAUCAAUACACUAAGUUCGGGAUCUCAGAGGAGGAUUUCUUGGAUAGCUUCACGUCUCUUGAACAGGUCAUCUCUAGCUACAGUCAACUUUGAUGCUACGGUCUGCUUUGGACCAGUACAAUACUGUUUGUAUAUGACGAAAACCAGGAUUCACUCCAACAAUGCACUUUCAAGUGUACCUCUGCUGCCGACUCUGUUGUCGUCGCUUGGCGUAGCUCUGAGCCAUGGAGUUGAUGAUGGAGAAGAUAAAGUAACAGACCAUGACCAGAACCACCUUCUCAAAGACCCAUGACAGCCAGUUCUCAGUCUGCACAGAGAGACAUGCAUACAGAGGAAUAUUACUCUUGACUAACACGAAUGCAUUACAAUUUGUAUUAUCUUGGCAAUCAAUAAAAUCACAUGCUUUGUCUCGACUUAGGAAGGAUGGAUGAUGGUAAUAGUGCUCUUACCGCCGGGGUGCCAGCGCCAGUGUGGUGGUGGAGUUUACUCCUCUGGGCCUCCAGGUACUCACUGAAAGGCUUCUGUAUGGAGGGACCUACCCUCGGCAGAGACCUAACACAGUGGCAGGGCAAGGACAUCCACAGGCAAGGGGAGAGGCGAGGCGGGGGAAAAGGAGGGAAAGACAGACAACAUUAUAUCCCAGAGUACUUACCAUAUCAGCAGUAUCCCUUCACAUGGUAAAAUAAUGAGGCUUUGUCGACGGAACCCUUGGUCCAUAGGACAAGAGAGCAGUCUAUUGCUCAUGAUGUCAAGAGUUCCAAUUUCUAUGUUUCUAGUUAGGCAUCAAGUCUAGCUGGGAGUUCCCACUGCCAGUGUAGUGGCUGAGAGCACACAGCAGAGUGAAGUGAGGCAGUCCUCAUCUCUUAUUUAUUCCUGAGAUCCCUAUAAGCAACCAGUCUGAAACCAAUAACCAGGAAGUGACUCAAUAUGCUGUCAUCACAGCCUUAUGGGUGGAAACAGAUCAAACUAGGCGUGUUCAUCAAUAUGACUCCAUAUGGGAGGGAGAGCAAAGGAUUACAUCACUGUGUGGGCCCCUCAGUUCAUCAGGGCUCUUUACAUUAUAGUUACAGGGAAUGCAGACAAAUUGAUUGGAAGAGAACCCUCAGACACCACAACUUGAUGUACCGGAGUAACACCAUAAUAAUUCGUAGUUGACAGUACUAUACCAAAAUAAUAGGUAUAAUUUAAUCAAUGUAUCACAACCAUCAUUAAAUAAAAUUUACAAACAUUUCUUAGACAUGGUUCGUUUUUUUUUUUUUUUUAAAUGCAGGUGUUAAUAUAAACUUCAUCUAAAGCUUGACUAGACAGAUUCAAGAUAAUUUACUAUUGGGGUAAAAAAUUGGAUAAUUGUAAUUGCUGAUCUUAAACAAAGGGAUAUGGCAUGCCCAUUCCCAGACUAACUUUGAGUGACUCACUCAGCCACACACAAACUGCUGCAAUCACCAACAGUUCCGAUUCAGCGUUCAAGCACCAGUGUAACAGCGAGUCAGACCAGUCAAACAAUUGCAAUGGUAGCAAGCAAUUGUUCCUUCUCACGCGACUCAUUUUAACUGUGAAUAAGAUGGCACUAAGAUUUGUAUUUUAUUUGUUCAUGAUAAUAAUAAUUGGAUGAGAAGAAAUAGUCAAGGAAGAGCUGAAGAUUUUAGCUGAUUAUGUUGGAUGUGUUAAAUGGAAGUGAUGAUUUAUUUUUCUUUCAUACAGUGGCUUGCGAAAAAUUUACCCCCCCUUGGAAUUGUUCCCUUUUUGUUGCCCUACAACCUGGAAUUAAAAUGUAUUUUUUG